AUGGCUGCGUUGGUUCAAACGUAUCCCCAGCAGACCAGCACUGUCACUCUCCAGACCCGAUCAUCCGGAAACAUGAUGCCCGCACAAGCUCAGGCAAAUCAGCAGUACAUGGCCGCCCAGCAGGCGCAGCGAAACUUCUCGGGGGCGUCAGGCGUUUACCGUGGCAGUAAUGCUCCCAUCCAGCCCUAUGCCUUCACCAGCACUCCCAGCCUGAACACGACUGGCCAGUGGCAGCAGUAUGGCAACGGUUAUCGCACGGCAUCUUCUCCCGCUGUUCCGACACAGGGUAUGGUUCAAGGACAUGAUGGCAACCGGUCUCGUCACACUGGAAGCUCUUCCGUUUCAUACAGCCAUAACAUGGGUACGAGCCAGGGCGGAUCCAGAGACGAUUCAGCCAUCCCCGCCGCUCGCACAAAUCCCCAGGCACAGAGACCUCAAUCUGCGUAUCUUGCCGGCAGCACGACACCGCAAAUGACGUUCGCUCAGGCCGCCGGUGCUAAGACGACACCUGAUAGGUACAGGCGCCCGGCUCUCCAGCAACAGCAGCCUCGCCAGACUAGCGCCCCUUCAGGGUCAGGCAUGGCCACCGAAUUCGCUCAGUCGGAAGAAUCCUCCCGUCCCGACCGCGUUCCAACUCCCAAAAACAACGAAAAAUCGCUUCGCAUGGUUUCCAGUCUCGCUCCUCCCACCGACACCAACAUGCAUGUUCGCAAUGGCAGCGCAGAAAGCGUCGCGUCGAGUCGAAGCAGCCAUUCGCGGCCGUCCUCGUCUGCCAACCGUAGCGUACCCACCCCCACGGCAAACCCCUCUCUCUCCUCGUCUUCUUCAACCCCAGAUGAUGCUUCAUCGAAACAUGACCAGCUCAAGAUCGUGAACAUCCCGCCACGAAACUCAUCGUCAGAUGCGGCCAAGCGACAACCCACUCCGUCUCCUCUCUCCAAGCCGGUGACCAUGUCGACCGAGUCCAGUCCCCAAAAACCACCUUCCUCUCUGGGAAAUGCUCCGCAGCAGGCUGCAUCCAACGCCAACGCCAGCAGCCCCGCCGCGCAGCAGCUCGCAGCAAUCAAACAGAAUGGCACGAAAUCGAAGAGCAAGACAUCGCGACUUCGCCGCGCAUUUUCUUUUGGCAGCGCCGCUGAUUUUAAGAAAGCUGCUGGUCCCGAACCCCCGGUGGAACCCAGCAAUGUGAACGCCGGUGAUGCAUCGAAGUUGCACAAGGACCCGACCGCAGAUGAGUUGUACGAGGCUGAGCAGGCGGCCAUCGCUAAGAAGCAGGAGGAGGGAGGAAUCGGGAGCAACAUUUACGGCGGACGGCUAUUUUCUGGAUCGACCGACAAUCUGUCCAUCUCGUCAACGGCGUCUUCUGCUUCUAUCAUGAUCCGUAAGAUGGGUCGCGGCAUGAAGAAGAGCACGCGAUCAUUAGUGGGUCUCUUCCGACCGAAGUCCGUCAUUGGCGUUCCCGCCGCCGAUGCCAUGGCUCCGGAAGCUAGCCAGGCCGCUGUCUCAAUGAUCACUGUUGAGGCCGAAAGGGUCAACAUCAACCCUGACCCCCGCGCACAAAAUGGCGGUGGUACAGGGUUCCCUCACCUGGAGCGAAACUCGCUGGACGUCUCCAACACUCCUAGCAUGGUUUCCGAGCGUGCUGGAAGUUCUGGCACCGACAGCGCCGGUCGAAAGAGCAUCGUGGGUGGCGACAGGGAGCGUGCCGAGGUUUUGGCUGCUGUCAGGAAAGGCAUCCUCAAGCACAACGGCCGAUCAAACAGCCCAGCACGCGAUGGCGCCAAACCCUUCGAACUCCCCGCCAUCCCCAAUGUCUCCGACUCGCCUAUUUCCACCGCGCCUAGCACGCCGAAUGAUGAGGCACAGGGCCACAAGCGUUCGGGGUCGGUCGCCAUUGGCAGCGAGGAUUAUUUCAUGACCGCUCUUAGACUCCGCCAAGACAGCAAGAGUGCUCCUGGAACGCCUUCCGGAGGUACCAAGAGGAACGCGACAUUUUCACCGAGAAUCGUCUUUCACGACACAUGGCCAAGUGGAGAGUAUGAUCGCAGGGGCGAGAUUGCUACAUGCAACCGCCUGACACCCAUGUUGGCUCAGCAGAUCAAGGAGGAGCUCAACACAUUCAAGAUGGAAAUGGAAGUUCACGAAAACUCCAAGAUUUACACGCACUUCUUCUAA